GUGCCAACGUGCGCGGACGCCGCCGCCGCCGCCGUCGCCGCCGCCGUUGGAGUCCGCCGGGCAGAGCCGGCCGCGGAGCCCCGAGCAGGCGGAGGGAAGUGCCCCCGGGACCCGCUCGGCCAGCGGCGCUGCAGAGAGCUGCAGGACCAGGAGCAGCAGGAGGAGGAGGCGGGGAGACGGCUCGUCCACGCGCCCUGCGCCGCCGCCGGUCCGGGAAGGCAGCGAGGAGCCGGCGCCCCCCGCGCCCCACGGAGUAAUUUCGGAUGCCCCGCCGCGGCCGCCUGCCCGAAUAGACCCGGGAGAGGAGUUGCAGCCAACUUGUGUGCCUUUUUUCCGCCUCUGUGGGAGCCGGCGCAGAGCGAAGGGCUCUCCCCGCGGCUCAUGCUGCCGGCCCUGCGUCUGCCCAGCCUUGGGUGAGCCGCCUCGGGAGAGCUGGGGGAGCGCGGCGGCGGCGCCGCGGGCUCGGCGUGCUCUCCUCCGGGGACGCGGGACGAAGUAGCAGCCCCGGGCGCACGCCGGAGGCAUGGAGCGCUGCCCCAGCCUGGGGGUCACCCUCUACGCCCUGGUGGUGGUCCUGGGGCUGCGGGCGGCACCGACCGGCGGCCAGCACUACCUCCACAUCCGCCCGGCUCCCAGCGACAACCUGCCCCUGGUGGACCUCAUCGAACACCCGGACCCUAUCUUUGACCCCAAGGAGAAGGAUCUGAACGAGACGCUGCUGCGCUCGCUGCUUGGUGGCCACUACGACCCGGGCUUCAUGGCCACCUCGCCCCCAGAGGACCGGCCUGGCGGGGGUGGGGGAGCGGCCGGGGGCGCCGAGGACCUAGCCGAGCUGGACCAGCUGCUGAGGCAGCGGCCGUCCGGGGCCAUGCCGAGCGAGAUCAAAGGGCUGGAGUUCUCCGAGGGCUUGGCCCCGGGCAAGAAGCAGCGCCUGAGCAAGAAGCUGCGGAGGAAGUUACAGAUGUGGCUGUGGUCGCAGACCUUCUGCCCCGUGCUGUACGCGUGGAACGACCUGGGCAGCCGCUUCUGGCCACGUUACGUGAAGGUGGGCAGCUGCUUCAGCAAGCGCUCGUGUUCGGUGCCCGAGGGCAUGGUGUGCAAGCCGUCCAAGUCGGUGCACCUCACCGUGCUGCGGUGGCGCUGUCAGCGGCGCGGGGGCCAGCGCUGCGGCUGGAUUCCCAUCCAGUACCCCAUCAUUUCCGAGUGCAAGUGCUCAUGCUAGAACUCGGGGGCCCCCUGCCCGCACCCAGACACUUGAUUGACCCCCACGGACUCCCCCAGCCACCGCCUACAACCAGUUCCACCACCCUGGAGAGUGGAUUCAAUGAACUUUUUUUUUUUUUUUUUGGCUACAGAGACCUAGCUUUCUGGUUCAUGUAAUGCACUGUUUAACUGUGUAGGAAUGUAUAUGUGUGUGUAUAUACGGUCCCAGUUUUAAUUUACUUAUUAAAAGGUCAGUAUUAUACGUUCAAA